CGUGCAGCGAAAGUGAAGUUCGAACCGGUACUCGAUAUCAAUUAUUAUCAGCAAAUUUCGCCCGCAUUUUAAUCUUAUCACCUCAUACUCACGUCCUUUAUUAUCGGAUCUUUUCUUAAGAUCAUUAUCACUCUUCAACUGUUGUGAUUGUGCCCUUCUUUGAUCGACGAAUCUGUUCCCAACUCUUGCUUAGUGUGGAAGAUAUGGCGGGACUGCCGCUUCAUCAUCUGUGAGUUUUCCCUGCAUUGUAUUAUCCUGAGCAUUAUUAUCGCGCUGACAUCCUCGGCAGUGGAUCCUAUCAGUUUCCGGACUCGAAAUGGAGCUCAGCAACAUCCCUGAAGUACUGCAGGACUUGGUCAAAGACAACCAAUUGAUCAUCCAACACCUUCCCCAGCCACCAGCCUUCAUUGCUAUGUUCAUGGACAUUCCUGAUAAGGAUGUAUUUCUUAUUCAUAAGAAGCCCAUUAAAGAAGAAACUUUCAAUGCUGUUGAUUCAGUCUUCGAAAAUACUUGCCACUCUCCAAACACGUCUGUAAGCUACAUAGGCCAACCCUUGGAAUGUCCAUUCAGUCCUUCACACAACAUCACUGUAGCAAGUGUUGGAGAUCUCACAGAAAUUUUGAAAAAAGAAAUGAUUGAACCAACCAAUCUCUCUAUUGCCAGGAAGUGUGGCUGUGUGUUCACCUUGAAGUCGGAUAGGAAGGUGCCUUUGUGGAUGUUCUGUGAUGCUGCAGACAAAGAAAAGACUUUCUUACUGAGUAUCAGUUAUAAAGAUGGGUGGUGCUCAAGAUCAUGGGCUCAUCUGAACAGCUGGAACUUCAAUGAUGGAGAUAUUGAUGAGCUCAUUACCAAACAUUCAAAACUAUUUAACCUCAGCAAAAGUAAGAGUGUACUGCAGGUAACAAGCACGUACAGUCCUGAUGAGGAUACUGUCAAUCCUGCAUUGCUAAAAAUUACAUGGACAACUCCAUCCAUUGACAUACCAUUCUCAGUGGCCAAAACUAAUUUUUUGAUAAACUUCAAAGUUGGUUUCAAUGGAAGUAUUAUUAAGCCGAUUUGGGAUCAAUUGCAGCUUUUGCAAAAGUUUUUGGAUGUAAUCCUCAUGAAGCAAGAAAUUGAUCCUGAAAACCCUGGAUCAAACAAGAGUCUUUUCAUUGAAUUCAAUGACUCAGACGUUAGCCCACACACUAUUGAAGAAAGUUUAACAGCUCUUCUUAAAGCCGCCAAUCAUGCAGUGCCGUAUCUUAGCAAAAAUCGCUUAGAGGCUGAAAAAAAGGAAAAGAAUAGUUUCAUCCGUGUUGUUGAAGACACUGUCUCAAAUCAGAAGCAAGCCAUUGAUUUCACUGAUGAGAUUUGGAAUAUUCUGAAAGAUUGCAGCACGUAUCGUGAGCUACAGAAGUAUAUGGAAAUGAUCUUCCAUCAAAUAAGAAAAGGAACAUUGAAGCCAGUGAUCCAAAGAUCCAACGGAACUAGAUUAGCCCACAAGAUUCGGUGUUUGAUAGCAGACUCGGCCUACGAUUUUGAAAUUACUGUGAAUCCGUUAGAAUACCUUAUAGAGCUGGGCAUUGAGAAGUUGAAGAACGAUUUCCUCAGUAUUUUCUCUACCCUAAUCACGCAUCAUGGCAAACUCUGUGUGCCUUCACUACCAUCGUUCAAAGAUUUUAAAAGUUCUGAUAUCAGCUGGACUGAAGUGUGUUCUGGUUGGUUGGUUUGGCUUGGACGGAUGUGCACAUCCCUAGAAGUUUUUAUUUUAACCGAACUGAAACUGAAUCUCAAGUCUCAAGGAAUGGAUCCUAAAUGUAUGGCCAUUCUGAACCAAAUUCUGGAAAGAUUCCUCGCAUCAAAAUCGGAGAUAUGUUCCUUGCCGUGGCUCCUGAAUAACAUGAACCAUCACUGUGAGGUAGUGGUGGACACAUCUGCAGUUAAAGAUGUUGUUAAACAUAAACAGUUCCAAGAGUGGAGACUUACGCUUACCAAUGAAGAAGAUAAUGAAAAAUACAGCAGCUCCUUCCUCUGUUGUAAACCAAGCAUGUUUCCUGGGAGUAUCAUUGAACCUGAUAUUGGAAAUUUAACCCUAGAUUGUACUACAGUAAUGACUCACACAUCGUACAUAUGUUCCUCUCUUCACUCAGCCUCCAGUUGUUUCAACGCCCUUUAAGUUGAUGGAGAAUUGUCCAAGCACAACUCCAAAAGCGUCAAAAUUCCAAAUGGCUUAAAAAUACGAAGUUCUUCAGGGCUCUCAGGUAAUACCUUACGCUUUUGUUUUAGGUCUAAAUUAGACUUUUUUCUGUCUUACAAUUUCUUCUGAACACGCUUCCUCUUGAAGCCUCAGCCCUCUAAACUUCUGAAACAUCACUUGUUUUUUCUUCAGUUCUGCCGUCAAAAUUCACUCUUCCUUCAACCUUGUGUAGUUGACACUACGUUUUUUAACUCUUCUCUUCAUUUCCGGGCUUCAAAUCAGGAUUCUAAUGUUUGCAGGGGAUUUAAGAGUUUUUUAAUCAUAUUUUAGCCCUUAAAAUAAAAAUUUAAGCAGACUUAAUUUAAAUUUAGAACUAAGUGCACCACUCAACGAAGGUUUGAAAAAAAACCAUGUAUUAGUAGUGUACUCCCAUUUUCCUUUCAUCUUCAUUCAGCUCAAAACCUGGAAACAUGACAACUUACAUUCUUAGCAGCAAUUUUGAUCAUUUAUUUUCCUUAAAGUUCAAAGCGAUGAGUGCAAAGUUAUUCAAUAAGAGAAUUUAAUCUGUAAGUGAAGUUCUCAUGUGUCAACUUGGACUGCGAUCCCAAUUUUCAGAGUGAUUAGUGUGAGUUCUUCAUUGUGGGCAGCGCAAUGAGUUUUAUGUUUUGAACCUGACUGAAAUAAUUUUUAACUCCGUAAUCAGACUUUCUCAUGUGCCGUUGAAAUCAGUGUGUCUUAGCUAAGAAUAAGUCUGGGGAAGCUCUUUGCACCCUGGCUAUCGAAUUCUUUAAAUUGCAAGUAUUGAGAAAUUUCUUGAACGGUCUAAAUUUUUAUGAAAAAUAUGUCUAUAGCCGAUGUACUCUAUGUAUGUAUGUGGAGAAAACCCCUUUACUUAAAUUCACCAAGUUACUGAAUACUUGUAGAAUGCAAUUGUACGCGUUCAGAUACUUAAGGCUUCAGUAUAGGCAAGGGUGCAGAUUGCUCUAGGCCUGUGCAAUUUUCUGCAACGUUCUGGGUUUUCGCCAAAUGGUCAACACAAAUUUUGUUUGCUCAACUGCACAGUCAAGACCAAUUUGCAACUCAGAAUUUAGAUUUUCCCCAAAGAGUCAUGGGAAUAGACAGCCGAAACAUGCUUUCUGCUUUUGCAUAUGCAUUCAUUUUCCAGAUAAAAUUAGAAACUAAAAUUGAAGCAAUUAUUGUUUCAAAUUUUGAUACUAAGUGCUCUAGACUCACCUUGAAGUCAGAAACUAUUUUGCUUCGACAUGAUUUAAUCCCUUCGAAUCAAGCAUCCAUCAUGUGUCGUCCAUGUAUGUGUGAUAUUUGUUAUGUGUUUGCUGUUGAUAAUAAAUUCAAUUUUAUUUAUUUAAAA